UUUUUGGAUUUCAUAUUUUUUUUUAUAACAUAUAUAUUUCCAACAAACAGAAGAAAAGCCAGAUUCUAAAGAGACAUGAUCAUGUCUAGGGAAAAAAAUGUUGUUUUUUUUAAGUAAAGAGAGUGGUGACCGGUGAGAGUGCUAGGCGCACUAGCAGACAUAUGGGUCCCAUCAUCAUCACUUCCUCCACCACCUUCUCUAACCUACCUUCUCCCUUUUUGCCCUCCCCUAUACCUCCCCUCUUCCCCCCACCCCCCAAAAGAAAAGCCUUGUUUAUUUCCCCCCUUCCACUUGUAACACGUCUUGAUCUUUGAGUUUCUUUCCUUGUUUGGUGAUGGAAGGUGAGUUAGUUUUACUUGGCGGUGGUGGUGGUGGCGGCGGCGGCGGCUGUGGUUCUUCUGGGGUUUCUACAAAUGAAUCAGCAGUGUUGUCUAAAGGGGAGGUUGUUUCUGAGGCAUGUUCAUAUCCAGCUGAGAGUGAGUUGGAGUUAGGUCUGGGGCUGAGCCUUGGUGGUGCUACAGGGAAAACUAAGCCUGCCACUGCCACUUCUUCAUGGGGUGAGUGUGGUAGAAUCUUGACUGCAAAGGACUUCCCUUCUGUGGUUUCUCAUAGAACCAAAAAUGGCGGUCCUUCUGUUUCUGUUUCUGGGACCAAAAGAGCUGCUGAAUCUGUCUCCCAUGAGGGUGGAUCCCCUACUGGUGUCAGUCAAGUUGUGGGAUGGCCACCCAUAAGAGCUUAUAGGAUGAACAGCUUGGUGAACCAAGCAAAGUCUCAAAGAGCUGAUGAAGGAGACAGUGGAAUUGGUGAAAAAGAUAAACCCAAAGAUGCUUUGAAGAAGAAACUUAAUUACAAUGGUAACAAAAUCAGUUCAACAACUACUGUUAAUGAAAAAGGACAUCUUGGGUUUGUUAAGGUGAAUAUGGAUGGAAUCCCAAUAGGAAGGAAAGUUGAUUUGAAUGCUCAUUCUUGCUAUCAGAGUUUGGCUCAAGCACUUGAGGAUAUGUUCCUCAGAUCUACUAACUCAGUUGGUGCAGAGAAGGAACAAUUAACCAAGGCUUCUAAGCUUUUGGAUGGAUCAUCUGAAUUUGUUUUGACUUAUGAAGACAAAGAGGGAGACUGGAUGCUUGUUGGAGAUGUCCCAUGGAGGAUGUUUGUGAGCUCGGUCCGAAGGCUCCGAAUCAUGAGGACCUCUGAGGCUAAUGGACUUGCCCCAAGAUUCCAUGAUAGCAAUGAAAGGCAAAGAAGCAAGCCCAUUUAGGCACAUCAACGCCAUGAGUCAUUUAAAUUCCUUAAAGAAGACUAGUACAAAAAAAGAAUCCACAGGUUGAACACAGAAGCUAAAGCAAAUUAGAGAAGUUGAUGAAUAUUGAUACCGCACCAGAGAUUGGUUUCUCACCGCUUGUUAGAGUCGUCAUCCUCGAAUCAUCAUAUGAUUCUCGUUGCUGUUGUUUUAUUUUUGUUGGUUUUGUUUUGUUAGGUGAAAUUCAAUCUAGUUUUUCGCUCUUAUACAGUGCCAUGAUCAUAUAUACAAUCCAGCAGCCUUUGACUGAAUGCUGUUUUGUCAUACUGUAAAUAUGGGACUAUCAAGAAAUCUAGAGUGUUUUUGAGUUUUGCUGCUAUAAAUUGCAGCUCAAGUUUUUUUA